CAUUUUUUAAUUAAUUUCCUGAAAAAUGUUUCCAAAAAUCUAAGCCUGUCCUGCCAGCUGGUAGGGGGCCAAAGCCUGUAAUGUUGAGAAUGUCUUCAUCAGUAUAAUAAUUCAAAAUUUCCUACUCACCAACAGUUUACAAUAAUAUCUUGAUAAAUUUCCCCUAAUUCUUGUAGUAAGGAAGAUUAGAAAAGUGAAACUGGUUGAGGAGUUGCCAGAAACUGGCUCCUCUAGCCAAGUUGCCAGAAAAGUUCACCAAGACUGGAUAACAAACAGAUAAAAAUGUCAGGUUCAUUUCGAUACAAAGUCUGGGAUCCUCCUCUUAUAAUUGCACAGAUCAUCACAAUGCAGGCUGUGUAUUAUGUGGGUCUUGGAGUCUGGAUUGCCCUUUUGGAUCUCUUCACUGGUCAUCAUGUAACAUUGGACAGCAUUUUCAGAUACCAGGAACUGCAAAUAAGAGAGAGUCAUGGACGAGCUGUCAUGGCUGCCUUCAUACUCAACUCAAUAACCAGUGCUGUUGGCCUCUGGAAGGUGGUUCAGCGAACGAAACAAUGCCUGGACUUCAGCGCCACAGCUCACUUCGUUCAUCUGAUCAUCUGCUGGUGCUAUGCCGGCCACCUGCCUGCCUUGCCUUCUCUAUAUCUGCUGCAUCUACUCACACUCACUCUUAUGUGUGUGCUGGGGGAAUAUCUCUGCCUAAGAACAGAGAUGACAACCAUUCCAGUCAGACCCACACAGCCAAAAACGGAUCUGUGACGUCGUUGAAACUCCCCUGCUACUUGAAUCUCAGCUGCUUAAUUUGUGUAGCUUAGGAAUGCAUUCGGGACACGCUCGUUGCUUUUUACUUUUUUUAUAUUUAGCUCAUUAAUAAAUGGAUAUGUGUAAUCCAUCUAAAAAGUAGAUAUGUGCCAUCAAGUGCAGUAGCAUCACUUAAGGGAGCGCAGUUGUAUCUCACUGUAUGGUUACUGUUUCAAAGGUAUUCAAUUUGUAGGGUGAAAUCUACCAGAUUGAAUCAAAGAACACUACCUUAAUUAUUUAAGUUCUGAGAGGCAUCCAACACUAAAAAUUUCUGCGGUUAAUUUUUAUUUUAUUUAUUUAUUUGCUUAUUUCAUGUUUUGUUUAAUGUCAUUAUGCUGGGAUUAUGAAGUUUUGCUUAUGACGGUCUCUAUUUUAGAUGCUUAUUUUACAGACCUCAAUUUAUAUUCAGUUAUUGCAAAGUCAGUUUCUAAAUAAUAGAUUUUAGGCUCAUUUGCGAACACUGCCCUGAAAAUGACAGAGUUAUAUGUAUGAUCCUAAAUUGCUCUAAUUUUUCUGUAAGGCAUUUUAGCAUAUUAUUCGGUAUUGUACUACCGUAGGAAAUUAUUUCAUUCAAGUAAUUUUUGCAUAUGUGGUUGUAUAUUAGUGUAGAAAAUCUUAUCAAACUUCGUACCUGUUCUCCAUGUUAGUGUGAAGUUAUUUUGAAUUUUCAUCCGCUUCUGUUGAAUUAUAUAUUUACCUGUGCAAAUAUCCUUAUCAAACUCUUGCUGACAAUAUCUACAAAAAUACUAAUGUAGAAAUGACAUGUACUGGGAAAAUAAAACCAAUUUUUGUUCAUAGUCUAAACAAUCUAUAGAUUUUCUAUCCUAUGACAAUGUGUUGUAAGACCGGGUGUCCUUCUAUCUUGCGACGACGUAUACUGUGUUAAUUCAAGCAUCAACAGGGAAAUAUAUUUGUAUGGCUUUGCAUGUGUUGCACUGCUUGCAUCCUGUCAAUUAGCAGUUCAUUGCUCGAGACUAAAUGACGUAUAUCCAGCUCUGUAAAGACAAUGUAUUUUUUACAUGCGUUUCUGUUAGGUCAAUGCGCAGUCAUUGUGUUUUAUAUUGUUCACAGUAUUUAUUGAAAUGUUAUAAUUU